AUUGACUAUGUUCUCGCCCCGCCGUAUUUGGGAUUUUGACCUUAUUCUGACAAAAUGCAUUAUAAUCUUUGUUGACCGUUAAUCACUCGUUUAGGGCACAAUUAUUUCUCGUUCGUUCUAUAUUGUAGGCCUACUUAUUGAGAGAAAUGUUCGACAACAUCGACAGGUUAAUACACAUCUUGGAUUGAACAAAGAUCUCAAGUUUGUAUAACACCUGGUAACACCACUAACAACUCGUAGUUCUUUCAUCUAGACUUGUAUAUCGCGGGAAUGCUCUCUAUUUUCCACGUGCAUUGGGCAUACACUGACGAAUAAUAAAUUAUAGUCAACAGCAAUUAGAGGAGUGCACUUGGGUUGACCCGUACCGAGUUUAUAAAACCACAUAUCAAGUUCGUUAACAUGGGAACACAGCUACCAUCUUCGAUCCCCGGUUUGAGAGACUUCGUCAGCGAUUCGGAAAGAUUUGAGGACGUCUUCGAGACGGCUUUCUUGCCCAACAAUGACGGUGUGCCCAAACUGGAACGAUGGUUCGAAAUGGACUUCGAGCAGGAGGUCGUGGUGAAGAUGACAAAGUCUCACCCGACCGAUAAGGAACUUCGUUUGCUUGGGAUCGGUACGGGAAACGGAAGGACGGACACAAUGAUGCUUGAGAAGUUUCUUCGUCAUUUUACCAAAAUCCAUUACACCGUGGUAGAACCAGAUCAGCCAGCUUUCAAGGAGUUCAAAGAUACAGUUGAGAAAAGUUCAAACCUCUCAAACGUCAUCUUUGACUGGCAAAACACGACCAUUGAAGAAUACUGGACAAAUUCCGAGGAUUCUCAGGAGUUUGACUUUAUCAGCAUGGUACACACUGCGUAUUAUUUGGAGGAUGUCGGGAUGACCAUGGACCGUCUGCUGGCAUCCUUGACCGUAGGGGGCGCGAGUCUUCUCGUUCACAAAUCAGGAGAGAACAAGACCUCGGAAUUCGCCCAUCAGUUACCGUGGAUUUCCAAACCUUCCCACAUGUCGCCGGGACGUCGUAUCCUCGACGCUGCCCGUCGUGCAAAUCAACGUCGACUUCGUGUCACUCCAUUUCCAGCUGUCAUCGACGUCACUUCGGUAUUCGAUGCCGGGUCUGACGUCGGACCCAAACUGAUGGACUUUUUAACCCAAGGUGCCUACUUUUGCCAAACAGCGUCUGAAGACGUCUUGAAUGGUACAAUGGACAUUCUGAGAUCGUUGACCACGAAGAGCGAUGACGGCAAGAGAAUACUGAUAAGUAAUGAUUUUGAAAUAAUAGAGAUAUGGAAAGACCCUUCUUCGUAAGUUCAUAUAUUUUCAAUGAUUCUCCAGAGAUUCAAAUAUUUACUAUAUGUAUUGUCACUAUAGGUAGUGUCUGACUUAUUUUUGGACAGAUUUGCGAAAAAAAAGUCUUAUUAAUGUGAAAGCUAUGAUUGUUUCUAACGUGUUUAUGGAAUCUACGAUGGAAAUGUUACAUUAAUCAAGAUGUCUUUUUCAUUAAGAAAAUUUAUCACUUUUUUAUAUAGUUUAUUCUUUUUUCUUAAUCAAUUCAAUAUACCCCCAUCCUCUCUCUCUCUCUCUCUCUCAAUAGACUGAUCGAACUGACUAUAUUCUAUGCCUCUUUCUCCCAUAUCCGAUCCCCCUCUCAUAAUUAUAGAAAAUUAUUUCUUUAUAUCCUCUUCGUCUUUUCUUCAUCCGCUGUUCAUGUUUCGCAGUUUACGUUUCAUGUUUCACUCUUUGAUCAACUUCGCUAAAUUACCUCCCCAUUGGAACACAAAAUUGUCACCGAAGCUUGACAUGAAAAACAUGGAGUCAGUUACAAGGCCAUUUUGUAAUGUUAAAUGUUUACUGUAAUAGUAUAAAAAUCAUUUAUUUGCAUAGUCAUACUCGCAAUAUUAUCUAAAUAUGUUUGAAUCUUAGAAGAAAAAAAGUAUUAAAUCGUGUUGUGAGGAUCACAGUUUUUUUUUUUUUUUUUUUUUUUUUGGGGGGUAGACAUAUCUGCACCUCCUUCGAUUGCAUUAAGCUUGAUAUCAGUUGCAAGUAAAUUUAAUGAUAAAGAGUCAAUCAGAAAACUUGCAAUCAACUGCGAAUUGACAAUUGGGUCCUAAUUGGUUUCUUACAUCGAACAGUAAAAAAGGAUUUUUUGUAUUUUGACUUGUUCUAUUUAGAGUACAAUUAAUAUUUGCAAAUAAUUGCCACCCAUGUUUUUUAUUUGCAAGGACCUCACACACGGACUUUAAAAAUAUAUCUCCGCAAAAUAGUCACGAACUAGAGUUGACUUUAGACAACUUGAGAAACAUAGGGGAAAGCGGAAGAUAAGGUAUCCUUUGAAUCUUAUAGGCAUAUUUUCGUUAAAAAAUCCUAUUUAAUUCUUGAUUUUGCCAAACAAAUUGUCACGUUUCCCCUUAAAGAAAUGGUGUGUUGGAGCUAAUUAUAUCAGUUUUGAUAUGAGGGCGAAGAAACAGAUCAUCAAAACGCUGCUUCCUCCAAGCGCAGAUGGACCUGAAACAUUGAACAAAAAUAUAUAAAGAUGAAAAUGAAUAGCCAGAUAGUUGAUCUUAAGUAUUCUAAUGACAAGUAUUUUUCAUAGAUUCCAUGAACUAUUUCGAUACGUCUUAUGUAGACCAGGAAAAAUAAAUUAAAGGAAAUAACACAGUUUCCUUUUAUCAUCAUGCUAAUGCGAUAGCGUAAUGAGGAGAUAAAAUGAUGAGGUGCUUUGGGAAAUUUACCAAGAUAGCAGUGUCAACGUGCAAACACAAACAUUGUUUGCCAUGGGUAAGACAUCGAAAUAAGUACUAGUAACUGAUCGCAAUAUGAAGGGAAAUUUUAUUAAAAUUAUGACGUAAAAGAAAUCCCAGAAUAAUGGGUGCUUUUAAGUAAAACCAUGAAUUGAAAUUUGUGUAAGAUUUUGUGUGAUCCUGUGUGAACACUGGUGGUUUAAUUUUAACGUUAUUGUUUUUGCAAUGAAUAUACAUUUUUGUUUGUAUAAUAAUAUUGCAUUAUAUAAUUUACCUCCAGCUGUUGUAGACUCUUGAGUAGUCACUGUUUAUGAUAAGAAGAGGAAGACAAAAAAUGUUGAAUUUAAAAUAGUAUGCAUUGGGUAAAACAAAUAUUACAACUCUGGAAAGAAGAGAAUGUUUAAUGCAAGGAAUAUAAUAGUAAAUUUUAUCAUUUAUUUUCUAAUCCUUUCAUGUAAUCUUGUUAUUUGGAGGUGCACACCAGUUUUGAUUUUUGAUUAUUAGUAUAGUUGCAUUAGCUGUGUCAUUUUCCCCUGCCACAUUUUUUUUUCUUUCUUUUCUUUUAAUACCAAGUACAAACCAUAAAUUGAACACAGUGCGCUUAGAAACACCAGUAGUAAGCGCUUUAUAAAUGUUAUGUAUUAUUUUUAUGAUGUCGAGAAAUUAAGGAUACAAAAAUGCUUUCCUUAAACAGCCAUUUUCUUUCGAGAUAUCUGUAGGCCUAGCGUUGUAAUCCAUUGCCUUAAAAGUUACAACAUACACACCUUCCACACACCCACACAUAAACUAAAGACAGACAGAUACAUGUAUAUACCCCUCACCAACACCCACGUAAUAUGCAUUUGUACACACCAAUAUGCUAAAGUACAUUUAUAAAGUCACAACAUCUCCCAGUCCCACGCACACAUACACCCUCUUAGACGCAUACACACACACACAUCCAUGUCAAUAUACAGUGCGUUUCAGAAAAAAAGGUAAUCCAAAUCUAAAGGGCUGAUAUUCGGAUCAUAUUUAAUUUCGUGACAUUAUUGUGUAUGGAUAUUAAAUAGAAACAAAUCAGCUUUCUAACGAUACCCUAUAUUUGUGCCAUUUGCAUUAUGCAUGGCCGAAUUAAUUGAUGUUGAAGACAAAAGGUGCAGAGACCACUUUUUCCAAGUUCUUGAAAACUUGAUGAAAAGGCAGAGGCUGAUGUAAAUACUUUCAUCGAUGCCUGAGCUGAUAAAAAUCUUUUGAUUGGACCUUUUUCUUCCAAAGGAGUGUAAAUAAGUGAAUGUACUUGCACAUCAUUAAUGAGUAGAAUAUACCACAGUUGGAACAACAUUUUGAGAGACAGUUGUGAGGAGUGUACAGGCAUCUUUGGUGGAUUCAGGGCGGCGCUCCUGCCCAUACUUCCAACAUCAUUCGUGAUAGACUGAGAUAACUCUUUGGACAUUAAGUUGUUGCCCUCAACCAUGGCAUUGAACGGCCACCAAGAUCACCUCACAGCCUGUGAUUAU